AAGAUUGUAGUCUUUUUUUCUUUUCUUCCUACCUCACUUUCCAUAUACAUCUUCUCUUUCCCAAUCUAUCCACUACCACACUCACCAACUAUGUCGGACGCUCAAUUAGAGGCGAAUCGGAGCAAACUUUUGCUUGAGGCGAACGAUCAUGUUGGCGUCUCAUAUUGGUUGGUGGCUGGCAGUAUGGCAGCAUGCUCCAUCUUUUUCUAUAUACAGGUACCGUUUGGAAGCGUCAGAUCUUUAUGGAUAUACUGUAUCGUUUGUCAUCAGACUCCUGUACCGUUUGGAACUACUGUAUAUUCUUUAUGAAUAUAAUGGUCGCAUCUAAAUCUGCAGAAUGCAUGUAUAACUUUGCUAGCCUUCAGUGUUCACUACACAGCAGGGUUUAGGGUCCUCGACACUCCUCACAUUCCUCCACUGCUACACGUUACCUACCAACAGAGAGACCCAACCGCCUAGUUAAUGCCGAGGAUCCAUUGUUCUGGUACACGUAUGGCUGCUCUCAACGAACAAGUCAAUCAAUCAAGUCAUCAAUAGCAAUCAACUCAAUCAAAAUAAUAUCAGAAAUGAUAUAUGUACCAGGGAGGGAGCCCCCCCCCUGUGUAUAUAACAUUGCAUGCAAGACCUCGCUGCGCUAGGCACAUUCAUUCAGUCAAUCCUCGACACUCCUCUCAUUCCUCCACUUCUACAGGCUGCGCUGGUUCCGCGAGAAUGGUCGCUCACUAUGAUCAUCGCCGGAUCCGUCACAGCCAUUGCGUGGCUCAGUUAUCACAACGCCAAAGAUGUGUGGCAGGAGAAGAGAGAAGCGCCUAUCGUCGCAAGAUAUAUGGACUGGUAUGAAGAACAUCAUGACUUCAUGAAUUUUCAGGGGUAGCUUCCUGUUAAAGAACAUCAUGACUUCAUGAAUUUUCAAGGGUAGUAGUUCUCCUAACUGUGUGUAGAACAUCUAGACGAGGAGGGGUGGUGAGCUCUAUAUUUGUUCAGUAUUUACUAGAAGAUGUUUGCAAGAUGAUGUGUGGACUGGUGAGCGAGGUGGUUAUUUUCUUGGGUAUUUACAAGCGAGUAACUGCACUCUCGACGUACGUAGUCGUUGUUGUGAAAAAGAAGCUUAUUCUUUACAACCUCCAAGAGGUCCUCACGGUAAUCUCGAGUAGCAGCUCAGAAAAUCUUAGGUGUGUUGCCGCAUAGUAGAUUUAAACCAUCGUACAUUGUCUGCACUUGCAACUGUUAUAAGUAAGAAAUUAGAAUCGCAGUACUUAAUAUCGAGUAUCUUCAGCUCCUUCUUUCUCAACCACCUCCUAUAGUACAACUAUGUAAUUACUUACAGUACUUAUCAAGUAUCUUCAACUCCUUCUUUCUCGACCACCGGCCAGUAAAGUACUCUACAGUAUCAGCCUCUUUUUUCUCAACCACCACGUCCUAGGACCUCCUUCUGUCCCAACCUCCUAGGAUCCUCACGGUGCCACUGCAAAUAUUGGAGUUUUAUUUGCUAUUAGCGAUUGCGACGCCCCCUGACCGGGAGACGGUCUCACGUGCUUUGUGCGCGAGAUUAGUUGGCGCCAGUAUAGCCAUGUUGGCGUUUGGGUACUGGUGAUUCGCGUAAAAGUCUGAUUGUUCCUUAGACAGGUAAGGCAUGGCGGAGGUAGGAAAGCACAGUUUUCAAAACAAUUUUUAGCAUUUUUCCACAACAGACAGUUUUUAGCAUUCUUCGUCAACAAGGUAACAACCAAACGGGCAUGGACAUGCAAUCUUGAGUGAACAUCAAUGCCUUUACUCUAAUAUAAUCUUCCUUUUUCAAGUACAGGUACAUGGGAGAGACUGAGAUUAUGUCUCUAUGGCCUGCUUUCGUGACUGGAUGUGGCCUCUCUCAACCAAAACUACAGGUACAUGGGAGAGACUGAGAUUAUGUCUCUAUGGCCUGCUUUCGUGACUGGAUGUGGCUGUUGGCUGUACAUCGUCUGGGAACUGUAUCAGGGAGAGGCUGCAAAUUAAGACAAUAGACUAUAAGGACCAGAAGAUGUUGGUUAAUGCUACGCGAGGAUGUCUUUUGCGGUGAAGCUUCUCCUCUGAGAAUUUCCCGCAUUCUUGCAUUUUCUUAUUCAUUGCCCUAAGAGUUCCAUUCCCGCCAAGAACACUCAGACUUCCACUCUCUCUUGCGAGCGCGACACGCGUGAGGCGGCAGGGUCGCGCGCGAACAUAAUAGUAAUAAUUAAUUCCCGCCAAGAACACUCAGACUUCCACUCCCUCUCUCGUUCUAACAUCCGCUUGCAAACGAAUUAAGUGUCAUAGAGGCAAAGAAAUUUUUGAAAGACCUGGAGACCCAGGAAGAGAAAGAAAUCCAGAUGGCAUCUGAGCUAGCGGAUCAAGACGAUGAAAGUGAAGCCGAUGGCGAAAAUAAGGGUAUUUUUAAUCUACAGUCUAGAUCCACCUACCUUGUUAUUGAAGCAGGCGCAGCAUAAAGCCGGCGUUCUGUAGUUCCCUGCCCAUGUUCAUGUCGCCUACUAGUGCUCCAAGCGUCGGCGCAACAUGGUGUAAUCUACUUACUAAACUCUCUCUCAGACGGCAGUAAUGAAGAGAAUUUAGACGCAAUGCUAGGACUGAGUGGCCGCAAGCGAGAAAAAAAGACGAGGACAGUAGUGGUCCGUAGAGACAAGGGCUAUUUUGAUGAGCGCGAAUUCGUGAAACCAAGAUUAUGAUCGAAGAUUUUUCAUGAUUGUCCAUCAGCAUCUUGUCCAGCAAGAGAUUCACCGACAGGCACUUGUAUAUCUGGAACAGAGGCUCAUCUAGAACAGAGGCUCCAUCUUUGAUGAAGGAAAAAAAAUCCUUCAUCAAAGUAGACCUCUUGCCAGGCACAUCAAUCAAUCAAUAAUCCGACACUGCUCAUCCAGUACAACAUGCUGUAGUCCUCCUUGCAUGUUGGAACAAGACCACUUUGACUUAUAACAGAGUAGUGUAUAGCACGCAUGGUGCAUGGAGUAGCAUGGAGUGCAUGGAGCGCAGAGCUUUAAGGGGCGCAAGAAGCUCCCCCUUUAGCUCCAUUCUACUCCAUGUGAUCCAUGCACUCCAUGCCAUGCGAGCUGUGGAACCUUAUAAAUUGCUCUGUUAUAAAUAUAUUGUAGCAGCUCUAAGUAAAGCGGAACAAGCUUACGAUAUGCUUCGGAUGAUCCUCCUAGUCGGCUGGGCGAUUUAUCCGGCAAGGUAGAAUGAUUCUUCGUUUCGAAGCUGUCUCCAUCUAGGUACAUGCUGCACAUCCUCGUCUUUCCUUCAACUUAUCAUCUGCAUUUGAAUCCCACUGGCAUUCGACAGCUCGUUUUCUUGGUAUCCCAUUCACUCCCUCAACAAAACAGUUACGCCUGGUAUCACAUGGCGGGGGAUGCAGAGGGAAAACUGGAACGAGAAAACGCGAUGAAUGCGUUGUACAACAUCGGAGAUUUGGUGAACAAGAUCGCUUUUGGUUUGUUAUGCUUUUAGAAAGAUCGUCUUUCUGGCUCUUCUCCUCUGCAUAUCAUUCCAUGUGUUCUUAGUAGCGUUCCUAGAGAAUUUUUGAGUGUCAACAUGUAGAGAGUGAUAGGAACGAAGACCCAUUCCAAGUAGGAAGUGAAUGUCAAGAAUAGGUACAUCAAUCGUGAAUAGGUACAUCAAUCAAUCAAUCAAUCAAGAAUGUGUGAUGUACUAGUACAAGUUCUAUUAUUCUAACUACAGCAGUAUACUCGGCAGCUGGUAGUGACGAGCAGGCAGAGAAAACUAUGGAUUACAGGGUGAUGCGGAUUGAGCUUCGUAUCAUGCGCGAGUGGAUGAUUAGCUUGAAGAAAAUGGGUACAACAUAUUUUGAAAAUUUUCAUCAGGUCACUCAAAUUGGACGUCCAGGACCUGCUCAUUGCGACGAGUCGUGAGUUUUGAUUUCUGUGAAAGUGGAGUAUAGAUGUAGACGUUACUCACGUUGUUAAGUUUGUAGUCGGUCUUUUGUAGCUGCCGUGUCUCUAUUCGGGUCACGACGGAACCAGGCAGUUACUUGUAGCUGCUACGUCUCUCCAUUCGGGCCCACGCCUAACCUAACCAAAGGAUAUCAAAAUUUCAAACUCCCACUUUUCCAGGCAUCGUCGACCGCAAGUUUAAGGGAGAUAUCAAAAGUUGGCUGAAUAUCAAGGGUGACGAGGCGGCUGGCAAUAAGGAGGUCGCGGACAAAACUUGGAUGCCACCUAAGGCAAGUAGUGGGCCAGGAAUGGCAGGAGGACCAGGAGGCCCCAUGAACGCCCCUCCAGGUCUAGGCUUGAGCCCACAACCACACAGCGCGAAAAUACAACGUAUUUCUACUUUCUUGUUUUUAUUUAGACUACAGCAUUGUAAGAACGGCAUUUAUGAAGGGGUGUUGUAUACAACGUACUCACCCAUUAAUGGCUCAGUUCUUCGGAAGAGAAAGAGUCUUCGCAGGACAAAAAUUGGGCAUCUACAAUUGGCCUGCAUGUAGUACCAGAUGUUUCCUAUCACAUCAGGAUGAUCAAUUUUUUUACAUGACAGCAUUUUCCGGUCCCAAUUCCGGACCCGGUAUGUUGGGAGCUUCAAAUCCUGGUGGUAUUCUAGGAGCAAAGCCACCCACGUUGCUGAAUACGACGUCAGGACCUGGCUUGUUUCAGCCAGCAGGCAACUCACCUAGUAAACCGGCACUAUUUGUUAUGAACAACGAGGAAUCCCUCAAUGGUUUCUGAGAUGAACAUUUACAAUUGUUUGAUGAGAAGAUGGGUUGUGAUUUUAGUCAUUCGUAAGGACUAUGUGGAAUUUGAAAUUGAGUUAUCGACAGGCUGUGGAAGCACGUCGGAUUUUUCAUGAAGAAAGGUUAAACACAGCAGAAUACUUGCUUCGUUACGCGAGAAUUGUAGUUCUUCUUCUUCUCUUCUCCCCACUUUCUUUCAUAGCCAGAGAUAACCUCUCUACAAGCAUGGGCAACGUUUUGGGUGCAAGUAUGGGCGGAAGUAUGGGGAACAACAGCAACAAGAGCAACAACACAUCUGGCAUUUACGCUGAUGUAAUGCGAACUAUCCCGCCUAACGAUACCAUGUGGAGUGGCGACGGCUCAGGUCAAGGAUUGAGCCAAAGCGGUCCCCCAGGAUACAACAUUAAGGCUUUGUCAUUGAAUAAGCAAAGGAUUUUUGGAAUCAAGAGGACGAUCUGCCCUACCACUUGUGGAUGUUCUACCUCUAGCUCCAAACCGGAGAAGUCGAAACUCUCUAACAGUAGCAACAGCCUCCACUACGAGCAACAGUGGCAGGGACAGCAAUGGACCGAGGAGGAGUGGGAGCAGUGGCGAAAAGACCGAAAUCAGCAGUGGACAGACGAAGAAUGUUAUGGCUUUCAGGUGGUUCAUGCGAGGUUGUGUUACUCUUCCUCUUUUCCGGCUGGGUCAGCCUCUUUUGGUCCCCCCCUUUAUAUCAUGCUUAAUCUUUCCCUGACUUUGUGGUUCAAAUCUGGUCCGCUUGCUUCAGCUCUUCAAGCGCUGCACUUUCCCUUUUGAUUCUCUUACCUCACUGUUACUGUUAACUUAUUACUGGUUGUUCCUUAGACUAGAGAUUCAUUCGGUCAACAUCUUCUACUUAAUACAAUAGGAGACCUAUCUAACAGCCGGAGCAGUGGAGAAAAGAGAAGGAUGCGAGCUGGGGAGACUACGGAGAUUCAGGUAGUUAAUCCCUGGUGAAGUCUUGCAAGUUAUAGUUUCUUAGUAAUUGAAAUUGUUUUUCGUGUGCACAGUAGCAGUACUUACCAACCUACAAAACCGUUAUUGAUACGUUGACCUUAUAUGCAGCUGAUUACUACAGAGCGCAUGUGCAAAAGUGCAGAGGAAAGAAGUUGAAUUAGAAGAAGAAGCACAAGUAAUUAAAAACUACACCCCCCGAAUGGGUACACUACUACUACUAGUACGCGUUCUGAAUGAGUGAAGUACGAAGCUUCCUUUGAAAUUCCAAGCCGAGGAAAAUGUCGCAGAUCGCCUAGUAGAUAAAUGCAAGUGAUAAGUUUCUGAGAAUAUGAGUGGAAGUUGGGAUAUCCGUAGUAGUUGCAAGCUACAAGCAUAUAUUCUGUCUUGCUAGCUUCGAAUAAGUUGAUGAAAGAAGAAACAAUUGACGAAAAUCUUUGUUUUAAGUAGAUAACUCUGUGAAUAAGGGCUUGAUUUUACCGACACAUCAAACAUAGCGAUGUCGAGCCAGCCUGAUAUAGAUGGUUGCUCGGCUCCUCCAUAGUUUAUACCUGAUAUUUUUGUUUGUUUCUACGCAGUGAGGGUGACAGUGACUACACUGUCCAUGUUAUCCAUAUAAGAUAUAUGUCACUUUCAGAUGAAGAAGCAAGGAGUUAGAGUACUUAGAGAACUUAGUACCUUCCUGGUGUAGAAUAAUACGUGUGCAUAGUCCUGUGUAUACAUCUCUCAUCUACAACAACGAUCGUCGAGUUAGUCUUUUUAUGUUCUUUCAUGAUAUUCACAAAAAAAUGAACAACUUGUUUACGCUCGCUGCUCGGAGGAGUACACCUACAACGACUCUCUACCAAAAAUCAGCAUGAACAAGUGGUUGACCAUCUUCCUUGUAGGAUAGAUACAAUGUCUAGUAUGUUGUCCUCUUUUAAAGCGUCAAUGGCACAAUUCGUUCCGCUUCUGACGUCCUUGUUCUGAGUAUUUCUCUCGUCCUGAUUGGCUGAUCGAACGAUUCUACUUGACGCGACCUUCAUAUUCAUCUCGUCAUCUUGAAAUGUAGUUGAAGUAGAAGAUUCUAUUGUACUUAGAAGUCCAGAAAAAUGACGGCUUGCAUAUGCAUCUGACCUUGGUUCAGGUGACUAUCGGUCCACCAGACGAGCGAGUCUACGCCAGCUUUUUCGUGCGGACCGUGCUAGGCGAAAGAGUGUAGAACGUCGCACACGCGCUGCGGACAUUACGCCACCACUUCGCUUUUUCCCUCCAGGACAAUCUCAAAUCGGUGGAGGAAAAGCUUCGAGUGGUGUGGUGCCUAAUCAAAUGCUUCUUAUGAUGCUAUCAGUACUCAGAUCUGGAAGAUCAUGAUGAUCAGGAAGAACUUUUGUAUUCGCAGCUAGUACUAGUAUUGCUUUUGCUCCUCCUACUCCUAGAGGGUUGUAUCAUAUAGAUUGCCCUAGUAUCAACUCCAAUCAAGUUCACCUACGUAACGUUGUAGUACUACCACGUACAACUAGAAACUUCUAAUCCUCCCGACCUGAGCGCCCACGAGUCCGAAUCCUUGCGUCUCGAACUAGUCGCGUCGCAACGAAGAGAGCAAGCACUACGAGAAGAAUUAGUCGAACUGCAGAAACUAGUCAAUCUGAGCGAGGACGAGCGCAAUGCAUCCUUGUGGUCGAGGAUACAGAAGUUAGUGCUCAUCCUAGAACAAUUACAGGAAAAUAGGGAAGAAUAGUGCUCAACGGAAAAGAUAGUGCUGGAUGUGGAGUGGGGAAGAUUUGUGCUUGAUCUGGAGCAGGCACAGGAAGGAGACUCCCCUUAGGGACGUAAGAAAAGGAACAAUCCAAGACUAUUUCAAGAAAACCUCCUUCUAUGUUUUCGUUCUGCAUUUUCUGAGCAACCGACAAUGGCGUUUUAUUUUUCGAGCACAACCGAACAACCAAGUAGGAUCGUGGUCGUGUUGUCAAGCUCUUGUUGAUGAAACAGGUCCUCGUUGUAAGAAAAAGCAUGAUAAUACGC